AUGUUUAAGGUGGACUGGCGCGAUGGGGAAGGCUUCAAGCCGGAUUUGGGGCUUUGCGAGUUGUUGGUGUAUAUCGGAGAGGAGAGGACGGUGCUGAUCCACGGCGAGGCUGGGCGCGGACGUACCGGGACGCUGAUGCUGCUCCGGAUGGGGAUGACGGCCAUCGAUCAUGGAAUCCCCUUCGACCCGAAAGAGCAGCUGCGGGAGCUGCGAGCGGCUCGUGCUGGCGCCGUGGAGAAGAAGGAACAAUUCGCCUCCUGCCAGGCGGCCCUCCAUCUCUACCACUUGCAAACGCAGACCGACAUUUCCGAGAAGGACUUGGAAGAGGUGCGAGGCGAGGUGGUGAGGGCAUGGUAUCGGUGUCGU